GGCCGCUGGGAUGACGCGCGACGCCCGUGCGUGGGGAUUCCGCCGGAUUACCCAGCAUGCCCCGCGGCAACAUGGCCGCCUGAGCCCAGCGCGCGCGGGGCCGGGCAGAGCGGGGGCAAAGUUUGGGGUGGGUCCGAGGCGGAGCCCAACCGGGCCGGAACUGGCCGCAAAGUCCCCGCGAGUCCGGGCGGGAGCGGGGCCCAGCCGCGGGGAGGGCAGGGAGCUCUGCCAGGAUCAGAACUAAUUCAGAGACAGCUGAACAAAAGGGAUUACUCAGGAGGAAGAGGUGAAUCCUCUGGAUACGAACACCGCAGGGCAGUUUAUCCAGGUCAUUCUGGAUCCUAGCCCUACCUACCUUCCGGAGUCUGCAUCUCUACUCAACCUGGUGUCAUCUGCUAAUUUGUGAAGCGUGCAGACAGUCCCGUCAUCCAUUAAUGAAGAUGUUGAAUGAUUCUGGACCCAGGACAAACUCCUGGGGAUCCCCACUUGAUACCUUCUCCCAACUCGACACUGAGCCAUUGAGGACUACUCAUUGAGCAUAAUGAUCCGAACGCUUAUGUAUCUACUUCUAUAGUACUGUCAUCUAGUCUGUACUUCCUUAGCUUAUGAAUGAGAAUGUCAUGGGAAACAGUGUUAAAAGCCUUGCUAAAGUCAAGAUGCAUCACAUCCAGUGCUCUCCCACUAUACACAGAGCCUAUCACCUUAUCGUAGAAGAAGAUCAAGUUGGUCAGGCAUGACUUGCUCUCAGUGAAUCCAUUCUGGCUGUUCGUAGGAAGAGUUGCCUAGAUCAGAGCUGUGUGACUGGUGGCCCAUGAGUUGCAUAUGGCCUGUGGGGAUUAACAUGCAUCCCCCAGGCUCCCACCUGACUGCUGCUGCCCCAGCAUUUCAACAGCUUAAGUGGCCAAACAGCCUCUCCUUCCUCUUGUUUCUGCUUCCUGCCUCCAUUCCCGGGGGCAGGAUGUGGUGGGGCCAGGCAGCAGAGGUGCUGUAUGUAUGGUUAGGGGGAAUUUGGGCUGCCCAUGGUGCAAGAGAGAAGCUGCAUGCAUAUAGCUGAGAGUGAGUCUACACUGCUCAUUGUCUGCACAGUAUGAGAGGGCCAGGCUGUCUGGGCUGGGUGUGAGGUGGGAGGGCCCUGAGGGUCUACGGCAUGUGGGCCCCUGGCCUUUCAGAAGUUGGACAGCACUGGCAUAAAUUACAGGAUUUGCGGCAUGUGGCCUUGCUUAUGUGUGCUUUUAAAAAGUGGAGCAAAGACUAGCAGCUGCAUAAUGGUAGAAUAAGCAGGGUCCAUGAAAACAGGAUCAUCUGCUUUACUCAGUAGUCCUAGAUACUUCUUCAUUUAAAGAGGACUUUGUGCUUGCGAGGCCAGGAGGUUGACCUGCAUUCUACAGAGGGGUUCAGCCUGGGAACCCUGAGAUGAGCCCUCCAGCUGUAAUCUAUCUUGCUGUCUCAUAAGGAAAGGAUAUUUAAGGUUGAUGUGAGAAUUCCAUGAUUUGCAACACUUACUGUUGUUACAUGGAACAAUUUUCCAGGCUAGGAUCACAACUAAUCUCCCUGUUUCUUCCCUUGCAGCUGGGCUGGCUGCUGCAUCAGGAAGUGUGAUAAGAACUGUGCAGUGCUGGUCCAUUUCCCUCUGCCUCUCUUGUUCGUGGGCAAGAGUGCUGUGUACAGGCACAAUUUGGGAAAUCAGCUCUGGGAUGGGUGUGGAGCAAGGGAAGGAUUUACAGAGUAAGGAGAAGGGGCUUGCUUUGUUGUCUUGUUGGCUCACCCUGGUUUGAGAACAAGCUUAGCAUCUCAUGACUGAGGCUGGCAAGGACUGGGGUUGACUUGAGGGGGCAAAGUAACUUGUUAUUUUUACUGGGCUAAUUGAAAGUUAGGAAUUAAAACUGAAUCCCUAAAUUUGGAUCUUCCUAUUUCCCUGUUGGGGAGUGUUUUGUGGAGAUUCCCCCUGUCAUAUAACAAUUAACACUUCGGUUUGUCACCUUUUCAAUCCUUGGCAUCUGCUGAGGCUACCCACAAGAGCCCAGUUAGUGCUAAGUAAUGAGCCUAGUAGGUAUUAUGGAUACCUAGGUACUAAGGACUGGAAAGAACUGAGCCCCUUCUCAUGUUCUUUUUAUACAUGGGCCACCAAGGAGGUGUGUAUGGGUCUCUGCCACUUUCACCGUUGCUCUAGAGAUGAGAUUCUCUUUCAGAUUUCUGAGCCAGUCCCCCUCAGAAAAGACCACAUCUGUAACUGGAUUUUGAAGAAUGUUACAUUCUUCAUAUCAGUGCCUCCUCUAAGCAGCCUGUAGAGAGGCCUUGACCUGAAUGCCAGAGAUAGCGAGUCUGUGGCAACUUCAGGAUAUGACUCCUUGUGGUAUGCCCCUGUUCCCUGACUGCAAACUAAGGCUGAUACUUCCAGUUUUCCCUGGGGAGUUGUGUGGACAAGACCAUUAAUGCCUGCGAAGUGCACAGUGUAUGAUGAAACACCAGAGUAAGGUCUACAAAUAAAUGAAGAGAAUACACUGAGCAGUGACUGGCCUACUACUCAGAAUGAAGCAGGAUGCUGAUGUAGGCCACUGUCCAGCACACUCCGUAGAGCAGGGGCACUGAUGCCAAGUAAAGCCUGAGUUGUCUCUGUCCUGUUUAAAGGGAGUGGUUGCUCAGGGUUUGUUCUUGGGUUCUUUUACUUGACUGGCUAUCCAUGAUUUAAAUGUAUCCUUUCUACCUCCUUCUGCUCCAUCCUCUCUUCCAGACUUGGUAACUGUUCUCUUUUUGGUCAGCGUGUCAUUACAUUGUCUUAUUGCUAAUGCACUUGGACACAGAUGCUCCAGCAGCAGCAGCAGCUCACAAUCUGCCUUAAAUCUGGAAUGAUACGAUAUGCUAUCUCUCUAGAGCAUCCUACUGGGAGCUGUGCUUAGUGGAUCACUAAGGCUCUCCAUGCUGUUAUGAAAGGGUUUAAGAACAAAGAGUUUUAAUGCUGGGAAUGCUUUCUUUAUAUGGCUCAGAGAGUGUUUCCUGCUGCUGUUUUUGAGGUGUGUAAGGUGCUGAGUCCUAGGGGGUACCCAGAGGAGAGGUGAAAGAGCCAACACAUAUUCCUCAGUUAAAAUGAAUGAACUUCUCUAAAGUUGAUAGGCAACAAAUUAAAUAAUUAUUAAAAAUACUUUCACAUGGUGCAUAGUUAAUCUGUGAAGCACACUACUACAUAACAGCAUUGAAGCCAGGAGCUUAAUGGGACUCAAAAGAUCAGUGAAUGAGAACAUUCUGAAUUAUUUUAGAAUAAAAUACUACAUUUAGAAGGAAUAAUCACCCUCAUGUCAAGGAACGAAUGAACAUGUAACUAGUAGGGGUUAGGAUGAAAGGGCAUUUAUUUUGUAAUGGUGUGCUUUAUUUUCUGAAGCAUCUAGUACUGACCGGAGUAGCAGGCAACAUACUGAAUCAUGUCUGAUUCAGUCUGGCAGUUCCUAGAAGGUGCAAAGCAUGUUCAAGUGCUCAUUAACUUCCUCUUUACGAUCAUUGCCCUUGGAAGACCCCUCUUGGUAGUCUUAGCCAGGGAACUCUGUCCAAGAAGAUAAUAACAUGAGAGGGUUUUAAGUGUUAGAGGGGAUCCUUGGAAAGAAAGAGAACAGGAUCUAGAAGCUGAUUUUCUAUUAUUCAUGAAUGGGUGCUGCUGGAUGUGUGUGUCAGGCAGGGGGACACCAUUUCUCACAGCUUCUUGCAGGUGCUAUUUAGAGGAGAAGGAACAUAUGGAGUUUGGCCUCUCCACGUUGCAAGCUGGCAGUGGACUUUAGUCCAAAUGCUACUGGAAACCUUGUUGGCUAGAGGAUGGAAUUUUUCUAAGGAGAUUCUAGGGAGAUCUGACAUGUUUUUAUGCAAGCUUCAGUUUCUGUACUCUGCAGGAUGCCUCCUUUAUCUUGCUGUCCACCUCCCUCUGUGCUGAAGACCUAGCGUAGAGCUGGCAUUGCUUGUUUGUGAAGGGACAGGCUGGUAAGGGGAAGAGAAUCCUGGAGUCGUCGGCCAGAUGCUGCUAGAUACCGGCAGGCGAAAAGUAGACUUGCAGACAGGAGGACACCGAUGUUUGGAACAUCCGAGUGAGGCUUUGAAUUGGAGCCCAGGCUGGUGACCUGUUGGCCCCCCAAGCAGAAGGGAGGAUGUCAAGCACAGCUCCUUCCAAGAAGCCUUACCGCAAGGCACCGCCGCAGCACCGGGAGGUCCGCCAUGAUGUGCCCAUUCUCCGAGAAGACCAGGACGGCGUGAUUUUGGCUGAACAGAGUCAGGAGCCCUUGACAGACGCAGAAAGGAUGAAGCUCCUGCAGCAUGAGAAUGAGGAGCUGCGUCGGCGGCUGGCUUAUGUCACCAGCAAGAUGGAGGCAAUGGAGAGGGAGCUGGAGUCUGGCCAGGACUACCUGGAGAUGGAGCUGGGCCAGAACCGUGAAGAGCUGGAGAAGUUCAAGGACAAGUUCCGUAGGUUACAGAACAGUUACACUGCUUCCCAGAGAACCAAUCAGGACCUGGAGGAGAAGCUGCAUACCCUGAUUAAAAAGGCAGAGAUGGACCGGAAGACGCUGGACUGGGAGAUUGUGGAGCUUACUAAUAAGCUGUUGGAUGCCAAAACCACUGUCAAUAAACUGGAGGAACUAAAUGAGCGAUACCGGCAGGACUGUAACCUGGCAGUGCAGCUGCUAAAGUGCAACAAGUCCCACUUCAGGAACCACAAGUUUGCUGAUCUUCCCUACGAGCUGCAGGACAUGGUCAACAAGCACCUUCACAGCACUCAGGAUCCCCCAGGCCCUGGCCAGGAGGCAACGCACACCCUGGCCCCAUCUGAUGUUGUGCCCACCUCAGUCAUUGCCAGAGUCCUGGAGAAGCCCGAGUCAUUGGUGCUGAACUCUGCCAAAUCCAGCAGUGGCAAUUGCCCCAUGGCUGAGGAUGUCUUUGUGCAUGUGGACAUGAGUGGAGGAGGUGUGCCUGAUGCCUGCCCCAGCCCAGGCCUGCCUGGGAAGGAGGGAGGAGAGGCUGGAAAGCAGCAGAACGGAGGCUGCAAACCACAGAGCAGUGGGGAGAGCUUGACAGAGGAGGCACCUGCCUUUGAGAAGUUGAGCCCCUACCCCACGCCCUCCCCUCCCCACCCCAUGUACCCAGGGCGCAAGGUGAUUGAAUUCUCAGAGGACAAGGUGAGGAUCCCGAAGAACAGCCCCCUGCCCAACUGCACCUAUGCCACACGGCAGGCCAUCUCCCUGAGCCUGGUACAGAGCGAGGACGAGAGUUGUGACAGGCACCGGACACUCCCCAAUAGCCCUGCCUCUGAGGGGCGCCACUCAGGCUCCAGCUGCUCCUACCAGCCCUCACCCAAAGCGGCACGGGCCCAUGGCUCCUCACAGAGCAGCCCUUUCAGCAGCCCACCCCAGAUCCCCAGCGCCUUCGCCAGCUCUGCCAGCUCUGAGGAAGACCUCCUGGCCAACUGGCAGCGGAUGUUUGUGGACAAGGCACCCCCCACCUCGGAGCGGGUGCUGGUGAACCGCACUGCCUUCAGCUGCGACACAGCGCCAGAGCUCCAGAAGCGCUUCAGCCGCUCCAUGCAGGAGCUGGGCAGGGCGGUUUCUGCCUACUCAGAUGGCGAGGAGUCUGCGCAGAGCUGCAGCUGGACUGUGAGCCGGGACUCGAGCGUGGACACUGACAGCACUGAGUCUCGGGCCCGCAGGAGCCACUUCUCUGACUAUGGUAUGGACUUCUCCCAGGACGAGGCCCAGAAGUUGCUCCAGGGCAGUGGAGGAAGCACUGCUGAGCCUAACAGCCCCCCUCCAAAGAGCAAGAGCUAUGUGGACCUGGGCUCGCCUGGGAGCCCAGCAGAGGAAAGGGAAAUCCUGCUCCAAGGGAGCAAAGAGAGCAGCCAUGUGGGCACCCUGGAGGAGAGCGGGGAGUGCAGGGGCAAGCUUCCCUCUGGCCGGCCACACCGCAGCCCCAAAAGGAUGGGGGUCCACCAUCUCCACCGCAAGGACAGCCUGACACAAGCCCAGGAGCAGGGCAACCUGCUCAACUGAGGCUGGGGAGGAAGCAGCACCCAGGUGCAGUGCUGUAGCUGCCUCCACAGGAAUGGGGGUGUCCAGCACCCUUCACCCAAGGGUGGGGGUGGAGAGGAUGACCCCAGGCUCAGCACCUAAUGCUUUCUAUUUAUUUUGCUUUUGGUACUCAGAGGAGUUGGGAUCCGCCCUUGGCUCCUCACACCCACAGCAUCAGAAUACAUGCUCGGGUGUGCAUGUACUAGCACACUGGGCUCUGUGUCUGCUCCUUGUGCUUCAUCUGGGCACUUCACCCUGGUGUGUCGUCCAUGUCCUCCCCCCCCUGCUCAUUCAUCCCUGUGCCAGUGCCCCUCCUUGCCUUGGCAACAGCAGUCAUGUUCAUCUUCAUUCUGGUGCUCAUUGCAGCUUUACUCCAACCUUUCAACUUGUGCCAGUAAGGCAAGAGUUUUGCUUGUUUUCAUCUUGCCCUUGCGAGGCCAUGAGCGGGGCAUUAGGACUCUCCCAGCGGGUGGGUGUUCCCUGCUGCCCAUCCCCCUGGUUCUGUCUGGGAGCAGUGGCUUGUAGGCAUUCUGUUUUUGCUGCCUUGCUUUGCUUCUCCCACCCUGUGUGGAGAGGAUGGGGUGUGGAGAGGGUGGGGUGGUGCUCCUCCUCCCUCUUGAGCAUCUUAAGUUGAGCCCCAUCAGUGGGCUCAUGGAGCCCCACCACGUGGCUCUUGUGGAGACAGCACCCUGGGAGAGCCCUCAUCCCCUCUGCCCUGGGCUGGUUCCCUGAGUUGGGGCCCUGCAGUUACCCAGCCAGGCAUGUUGUGAGGGGUGGGUGUGUCCCCAUCUCUGUACAGGCGCACUGACCUGUGCCUCUCAUUUGGAUAGUGCUAACACUCUGCUCUUGGGGGGUCCCGUUUUCUUCUGCCAGACCUCUGGUUUUAAAAUUUGUGGUGUUUCCUGCCCCCAUCCCCACCCCUUUCUCCAUAAAUGAGCAAGGUGGUCAGGAGCCCAUCUGUUGGCAUGGGGGCGUGGUGAGCAAGUCCUGCCAGAGGGGCCCACAGCCUCUCCCCCCACUUCCUGAGCUUCCUCCUGCAGAGGAUCUAUGUGGAUCCAAGAAUCAGAUGUGUCCUGCUCCAGGGGAGCAUGGAGCCAAGAAUCAGUGAAGGAGAGUGCUGGGUCUGUGGCACUGCUCUGGGCAGUGCCUCAGUAAGGCCCAGGGUUAUCUGGGAGAGAGGGCGAGGUCUGAGGAGCAGUGCUCAUCACUGCUAGGUGGUACUUUCUGGCCCAGUCAUGGCCUGUUGUAGGGCUCUCUGCCUGGGUGCCCUUCCUGGCUGGGCUCCGGGCUGGCCCCAGUGCCUAUCCAGGGCCUUUUGUGUGUGUGUGUGUGUGUUGGGGGGUGGAUUGUUCUGUUUUGAUUUUUUCUUUCUGUGUUGUGUGUUGGUCUGGUUUCCCUUCUCAGUGUUUUGUGCUCCAUGUCUCAAGGGCAGUUGGGGGGCUGGGGGGGGAUACAGGUCUGUAGUGUUGGUGUCUUUAUUUUGGGGCUGGAACCAUGGUGUCAGUUACUUCCAGUACGCCCCCCCCCCAAUACUUGAAUCUCCAAUGACAGGUAUUACCCCAUGGGAGCCCUGGGCAGACAGCCCCGCUCCUUCGUAUUCUGAACCAGGUGCUGCGGUGGCGUCCUGCCUCCCUCUGUGUUGGCACUUUGCUCUUAGGCUGAGUGGGGAGAGUGCAGGCCCUCUGUGCAGGGAAGAAGCUUCCACUUGCAUGCCAAUACAAAGAUGCAGGUUGCAAUUGUCCAGGGAUCCCACUCCUGACAUGUAGGCAGUGCCCCUCCCUGAGUCCUUCUGUUUGCAGCUCAUGGCAGACAGAGCUUAAGCUACAUCUUGGCUCUCACCUGGAGGCUCCAGGGCCUGUGAAAGGGAAUUGCUGCCUUCUCUUGUGGGUGUCUGGACCCUUCAGGGGCUGCUUUCUGUAUGGGUCAUCUUUGGGCAGUGUUUGUAGCUGCAGUCUGUGUACUUGGCUUGUUCCUUGCCACUGAGCUCAGUGUGGAAGUACUGCUUGCUAGUGUCAAUGUGGGACUCAGUGGGACUUGCUAACAGAUCAGUGUUGAUGGUGGGAGCCUCUGCUUAGCCUGCAACGUGCUAUUCCUCAGUGCCCUGGAGAUGGGGCUGCCCUGCGUUGCUUGACUCCUCCAUUGCUGCAUUCUUUUUCUCGUGUGUUCUCCAUGCCUCGAGCAGAAGCUGCAGGGUCCAUGCUGCUGCUGCCGCCUCCUGGUCCCAAGGGCUCUCCUGAUGAUCAGGCACUGGGGCCCAGACUUGCUCCCAUGUGAAAGCAGCUUGCUAACUCUCAAAUUUCCUAGGCUGCUUGGUGGCUCCCCACUGAGCUGCGAGUUCAUGCUGGGAGCAACAGUGGUGCUGUUGGCACAGACCUGGCCUUGGCUGUCUGGUCCUUGUCACUUGAGCCAGUUAGUGUAGGGGGACCCAGUGACAGCCGUCAUAGUGAGAGCAGCUUCCACUCAUGGCUUCAGCUGGGGGUGUGUGGCUCCCCUGCAAGGGCCGUGCUUAAAGCCACCUGGUUGCUGGAGCAGGUAGAGAGGGCCAGUGUCAGGCAAAGCUCAUCGCCUUUCUGCCUUUGAUCACAGGAGACUGGCAGCAAAGUGGGGAGGGGGUGAAGAGGGGCAAAGGGAGUGCCCCUGACCUCCAGCUGCUCCCUGCUUAUCCUGCAGUGCCAUCUCCUGAAUCCGACUGGGCAAGAGCAGAGCGCAGAGCCAGGAGUGGAAGAGCAGCCUGCUCCCAGGCACCUCCCAUGGGACAGCAUGCGUUGCCCUUGGCACUCCUACUCAUCUUGGGCAGUAUUGACUCUGGGGGCCUAGAGUAGCUCCUACUCUUCAGCCCCCAACUCCAGACUGUUAAUCUGCAACUAACAUGUUCUCGCUCUCUUUUUUCUGAGAUUUUCAAACUGAUGUAUAUUUUAAGACCAGAAAUAAACUAUUUUAAAAGUA